AUGUCGGGUAACGGCCCAAAAUACACCGACUUGCACGACGAGAUUGACCUGGAAUUUAUCGGGGGAAAUACCCCCAGGGAUAUUAUUCUGCACACGAAUCUGAUCACGGACGGGCAGGUGUACCUGCAGCAGUACAAGUUCCCCUUCGACCCGUCCGCCGCGUUCCACACCUACACCAUCGUCUAUUCGCGGGAUUACGUCAUGUGGGCCGUCGAUGACACCCCCAUCCGCAUUCACUACAAGGAGAGCGGCCGCCCCUUCCCGUCCGAGAACGUCAAGUUCGAGGGUUCCAUCUGGGACGCUUCCGCGUGGAGCAAGUUAAAGCCCAACUGGGGCAACGGUCCCACGGAUGUCAUGUUCCGCCGCUUCGACCUGCACUACACGUGCAAGGCGUCGGGGCAGACGGGCACCCCGUGGUGCAACAGCCUGCGCGGAAAGAAGGCCCCCUGGGCGCGCAAGCCUAGUGCGGAGGCAAUUGCGCGCAGCAACGAGUUUAGGAAGAACUACUUGUUGAGGGAUUAUGGCUGGUCGCGGAUAUACUAG